AUGGCGAGGGAGCAUUUUCAAUUUCUCCACAAUACCCUGUGUUUGGAACCGUCCUGUAUUCAAGCAGCGGCAGCUAUCCUCAGCAAUUUAGACACAAGCUAUUCUCCAUGUGAAGAAUUCUAUAAAUAUGCCUGCAACGGUUGGAUACGAAAGAAUCGCAUUCCGACCGGACAAAACACUUGGUCCAUUUUGCGGAAGCUGGGAAAAGAUGGAGAUUAUUUUACCAAAGAUGUACUCGAAAACACAUCCAAAUUAGACGAUCCGCCGACCCGUGCGGUACAGCUGGCUCGGACAUAUUACAACUCUUGUCUGGAUGAGAGUACCAUCAACUCGCGCGGUUUUACCCCGCUGUUUAACAGUCUGGUGGAGCUGUUUGGCGGGUGGGUACUUCUACCUCCCGAAUCACCAGCGGCACGAAAAGACCAAGGGGUUGGUCUGACAGUGGACAAGUUCAGUCUGACUCAACUAUAUCUCCCCUCAUUCCGAUUGUACGGUGCAAGUCCUUUGUGCCGAAUCACUGUGGGAAACGAUCAACGAAAUUCCACACGCUAUGUGAUUGAUCCAAUCAGUGCAUAUCGGAAGUUUAUGAAGAACUAUACACGAAUGCUUGGUGUACCGGAAUCAAGCCUAUCUGCCAUGGACGAUGUGUAUCAAUUUGAGAAAGAAAUUUCCAUGCGCACCGAGGAGCGAGGUGAUCGUGAUCCGGAACGAAACUAUGAGUUGAUCAAACUGAGUGAACUGCCCAACUAUUGUUCUGUGAUUGAUUGGAAAUGGCUUCUCAACGAACUGUUCAAACCGUUGAAUUACCCGAUCGCCGAUGAUCAAUGGGUUGCGAUAAAUGAUCGCGAAUUUUUUCGUGCACGAUGUAAACUAUAUGAGGAAUAUUUGAAAAACGACACUGGAAUCCGAACGCUGCAUAACUCGGCCGUUUGGUACUUUUUGUGGCGUACCGUAUUCCGAAUGCCAGUGUCCGUCAACCGUGCACUAGAAGAAUACAAAGAGGUCGAGUUGGGUGAGUGUGUCAUUGACGAAGUAGCCAAAGCUUCGUAA